GUUAAGGAUCUGAUAGAGGAGAGAGAGGCGCAUUGAGUCCUUUACCGCAGUAUCACUACAUUUCUGCACCACUCAUCAAAACUCUGCGGCAUGCAGACAAGAGCAGGGGGGAGGGCAGAUACUAGAUAUAUCCUGAGUGUAGUAGUAACACCACCUCUCACCAUUUGCAUCCAUUUUAUGUUUUUAGAUAGGCUAUUGUAGAAGAAGCUGAGGCAGAAUUAGAUUUUGUUGAACUUCCUUUCGCAUUCAUUUGUAACUCCAGAUUCCUUUUGCGUUUCUGUUGUCCAACAUUUGAAACGCUCUCUGUUAUCUAGCCGAUCGUUAUUUGUAUUACAAGAACACAGCUUUCCUCGUUGAGAAUAAACCAGAACCCCAUCAGGCAAGAUGGCAAAGGAUGCAGAGAAGGGCACAUGGAAGGAGUUUAUAUGGAACCCGCGGACCCGGGAGUUGCUGGGCAGGACUGCGAGUAGCUGGGGUCUCAUCCUCCUCUUCUACCUUGUGUUCUACAUCUUCCUGGCCGGUAUGUUUGCGCUCACCAUGUACGUGAUGCUGCAGACCUUGGACGACCACAAACCCACCUGGCAGGAUCGACUCGCCACACCAGGCAUGAUGAUCCGGCCAAAAGGGGUGGAGGCUUUGGAGAUCAUCUACAACACCCAGAAGACAGAGAGCUGGGACCUGUACGCACAGGCCCUCGACAAGUUCCUUGGACCCUACAACAACUCUGUCCAGUCCCAGAAGAACGACGUGUGCGACCCGGACCAGUACAACUUCCAAAACGACAUGGACGAGGUGAAGAACAACCCCAAGCGCUCCUGUCAGUUCAACCGCACCCUGCUGGAAGAGUGUUCUGGAAUCCAGGACCGUUACUAUGGAUACCAGGAAGGAGCGCCAUGCAUCAUCAUCAAGCUCAAUCGGGUAAUCGGGCUCCUACCAGGCAAGGACGGCAUGGCGCCGUCCGUCAAAUGUGGAGCUAAGCGGUACAAAAUUGGGAAAGAUGAAUGGAGAGAAGACAACGAUAAGAUCGGAGAGGUGCAGUACUUCCCCCCCAACGGCACUUUCAACCUCAUGUACUACCCGUACUACGGCAAGAAAGCUCAGGUGAACUACUCUCAGCCACUGGUGGCCAUCAAGUUCCUCAACAUCACCACCAACGAAGACGUUAACAUUGAGUGCAAGAUCAUCUCAAACAACAUCCCUGUAGGGAGUGACAGAGACAAGUUCGCUGGAAGGGUGUCCUUCAAGUUGAGGAUCAACACUGUCUAGGUCCACCGUUUCCGCUCUCUCUUUAUCCCUCUCUCGCUCUUACCUCUCUAUCCUUCGCUCUCUCUUUUUCCUGAGAAUGCCCCUCUAAUUCCACCCUCCUCUGCAACAACAUGCACGUACUGAAACACAUCACGAUAUUUCCACCCUCGGUUUGGUAGAAACCAGUUUACAACCCUCUUCUUCCCCCACAAUCACUCUCCCCCCCCCCCCCCCCAUGCACACACAUACCAACACACAUACACAUACACACGCACACACACACACACACACACACACACACACACACACACACACACACACACACACACACACACACACACACACACACACACACACACACACACACACACACACACACACACACACACACACACACACACACACACCUACCUACCGACCUGGGGUUGUGGUGGGAAUGAGUGACACCCCAGCUACAAAGGGGGUCCUGUCAUUUCUUUCUGUCUUUGAGCUUUGGGACCAUUUUUUUUUUCUUUCUUUAAAUCAGUUUGAGGUGACAUAUUUAUACUGCAUGAAAAUGAUAGGGGAUACAGAGGACGGGAAGGGAAACAAGUGUGUGUGUUGGUGUGUGCGUGUGUAACUUUUCUGAGUGUCCGCAUAACAAGGACGAGAACUAUCACCACCAACACCUCCAUCACCACGCUACUUUGACUCCCUUCUCCGUCACCUCCGUAUAGAGUAUCCCUCUAUAUACAGUAUGAGUGCACACACAACAAUACAGCGUGUCUAUUUAUAUGAUAUCAUAAUCUUCUAUCGGUACGUCUGUUUUUUGUUUGCACUCAAAAUUAAGGAAAAUACCAAAACCCACCAAAAAAAAGACUACAAAACGACCCAACAGAAACCGUCUCGAUGAGAUAUCGUCUGAACGGGUGGAUGCAGAGACGAAGCGAUUUUGCAUGCGUGCAUCGUCAUAUGGGUUCUCUUGAAGGCACAACCGAAUCACCCCACCCCACCCCCCUCCCCCUCCCGAUGCCACCGCCUCCCUGCUGAGCGUGCACUGACCGCUGCCCACCAGGAGCCCCCCCCCCCCCCCCCCCCACACACUGCCUUAACGCAGUGUAUCUGGAGAAAACACACUCACCACACCGACCGACCGACUCGCAGCCACACAGCCACUGAGCGCUUGAAUAAUGAAUAAGCACUUCCGACAGCCAGAGCUAGAUCUCCAAACCUUUAAAAACAAACCUGUGUGUGUGUGUGUGUGUGUGUGUGCGUGUGUGUGCGUGCGUGUGUGUGCGUGUUUGUGUGUGUGUGUGUGUGUGUGUUUGGGCGCAUGUAUUUGCGCAUUAAGUGUGUCGCCAUGUGUUUCUUUCCAUUCCCGGAGACCCAUUUCACAUUGUAGGCCGGGAUGUUGCAUGCGAUGUGCAAUACUCGAAUAAUCAACCAAGAUUUACCAUGAAUACAUCAUCACAGUCAAUGGGUAUAGAAGUAAGGUAUCUUUUGUUAUGUGUUUAAUUUUUGGCUUGAGAAUAGCUUUAUAAAAUACGUGAGGCAUGUGGUUUAGUUUGCUGGCAAUCACUGCAACACCAACCCAUUAUAAAUGAAUCAAAGUCAUAGGGGCAUGACAUUUACACCACCAGAGAUUUUUAAAUAACUCUUAAACUUUAUUCGUGUUUGCAACCGAACAGCGAACCGGAACCGCUUGAAUCACUUCAGCGAUGCCCCCUAAAACUUGUAUUCAUUUAGUGCCUAAAGCCAGAAAGCCAUGCUUGCUAGUUUAUAACUUAUCUUUAAGAGACGCUACCGUAUUUGAACCGCUCGGUUCCAUAUGAUCGCAGGCUCACAUCAAAAUAACAGUAUUUUAUUUAUAGAAGAGCUUACCUCUUGGAUACUGAGGGUUAAUUUGUGUUAUCAUAUAUAGUGCUAGGUUUGGUUUGUUUUUCCAAGUAUUGCAUCAUUUCACAUCUGUACAUAUCAGAAAUGGAUGGCAUGUGGUUUUUUUUAUUGAUUUGCACUGCAAACGUUUUCUUUUCGUUGUGAGGAGGCGUUGCAAAAUAAUCAUUGUACAGUUGUGUGAGGGAGGGACAGCAAUGUGUGUCUGUUUGCUUGACGUUUGUCAUAUCUUCCAGAAUCAUUGUCUAGCUCUAGCAUAUCAUAUUUAUGGAUAUGCAUUUCCCUCAAAAGUCACACUAGUGUUUAAAUUCGUAGGGCAGUGUUUCAAAGUGUUGUAUAGAUAGCUAGCUAGCUUAAUCAAAAUUUGACCAUAAUUGAAACUGACAGAAGAAUCAUCAUCUUUGGUUGAUUAAAUUAAAUUCGGUUGGUGGUAGGCUGGCUGUCGCUAUACUGCUCCGUGACUCAAGAGUUGCCGGAGAGCGACCAAUAUCGACGUCUUGAUCAUUGUCCAGGCAUUGCAUGACGAGCAGAGCACCUGUUGACCUUGGUUGGGGACGCUUAGCGUUCUGGGCUAAUGUCGGACCAGGCGCUUUAUCUUGGGCAUGGCUGUGACCUUGUGCUGGUGCUACCGUGAUCCGACCAUGACACGGUAACUGACCGUAGGAACACACACAUCUGUUCACUCUUGGCUCGAUUUCCAUUUUUUUAGACUUAAUAGGAGUUUUUUGUCAUUAUGCUCUUGUGUGAAUGGCAACCCAAUGAUCAAGAGUUCAUGUGUUGGAAGACAACACAGCUACCGGAAACAAUUUAACAGUUGCGUUUGUCAAAAAACUUUCCAUGACGUUAAUUGGAUGUGUAAAAUGUUUAGUUUUUUUUUCUCUUGGUAGAUUUGUUACAAACCGUCCACUCCCUUUCAUUUGGCUUUCCUACAACAUUUACCUAAUUUCGCGGUAAUCUCUUAAUCUGGUCAGAUAAUCCAGAACAGGCACACUGAGGUCCUUUAUCCCUGUCUUUGCCGCUUCUCCUUGUUUCAAGGCCCCAUGUUCCAGCCCUGUCCUUUUUCCUCAAUGUUUUUAAUUCGAUUAAAGUUGCUAUGUAUAAUUUAUUACAGAUUAACAGUUUUCAGUGAGCCAUUGAAAAUAUUCUAAAUCAAACGCAUUUUAUUUAUUUAAUUGGACAUUCUCCUUUUAAUCAUGCAAAGAUUGUCCAAAACCACCCAUUGCCAUCGACCAAAGACACUAGCGACGUGACCAUACAAUAUCCAGUUACUGUUGAAUUGAUCCAUUAAAAAUCCUUUUAUGCAUUGAUACAUUAAAAACAGAUCCUAUCCAAGCGAAGGUCUCCGGGUUCAAGACUAGGUUACAGUUGGAUGCUAGUGAUUCCUUUACCACCAGGCAUCCUCUAAUGUAAUGUAUCGCACAAAAGGAAUAGGUUUCACUAAAAGACAACAGUGCCUCCUGGUGGACAGAUUGCAUUGUUCCCAGUGUCACAGAAUGGUAUCUCCUGUUAUCUCCGUUUAUCCGUACACAUUUUCGACGAUAUUCUGGAGACGUCCUCAAAAAGCAAUAUAUCUAUUUCUUGUGUGGCUGUAUAAUGUAUUUAUUAAAAAGGAUGUUACAAAUUUAGCAUAACUUGAAACAUAAAACGCAAGAAAGAGAAAGUCAAGAGCUCUGAAUAUUGCAUAGACAUAUAAAUCAUGUUUGCCAAUGCGCAUUUCAAGAUAACAUUUCAGAAAAUAUCGUUUUAUUUAAAAAUAUAUAUUUUUAUUGCUAUUUUGUUGUAAAGAGAUGGGAAUGUAUACGAUUGGUCUGUAUUAUUACAUGGGGGUAUGUUAUUACCUAUUCAGAAUGUUUAAUUCAACAAAGUAAAGAGUUAAUACCUGCUAUUUGAAAGUCGAAGAGUAUUUUGUAAAUCCACCGCCCCCUCCCCCCCUCCCCCUCAUCAUUUCAAUUCUCAAUCUCACUUUGUAUAAUUUGCAAACUUUACAUAUAGGCUUUGACUAUUUGCAGUGAAAGGUCAGUGCAUACUCCUACGGGUAGACAUGGCACCGGUGUUUCUCUGGUUUUAUCGGACCAGAAGAAUACAUUUAACCCUUCUGGUUUCUCAGAAACAACAAAAUGUUUACAUUUCUAAACACACAAAACUAUGAAAAUCAUUUUAAGUACAGCACAUACAGUAACCACUAUAAAGGUGCAGAUAAUUACAGAGUUGUUUUGUUUUAAACGAAUAAACCCCUGAAUUGUUCCCCAACCCGCCUUCGCCCUUCUUAAGAACUGAAUCCAUACCUUCAUUUGCCCCUUUGGAUGUGGUGCAAAGAUCUUAAGUGAACAACAAAGAUUACAUUUAAAGGGAUUGGUUUGGCUGAUUUGACCCAAGCCUCCAGUAAUUAUAUUCUCUUUGUGUCUUUAUUUUGCUGUUACUGUAUGUAUAUUUUUGCUUAUGUUUACUGAAAAAAGAUAGAGAAAACAAUAAAUGUCAUUUAAGGGAACUCAUCAACAA